GCUUGCAAUAAACGUUAAACGCUUGUCAGGCAACUGCCAGUGAGCCAACCCAAGCAACCAGCCAGCCUGCCAGUUGGUGCGAAUCAGCAACGCACUUCAACUCUCAGUCGUUGACGGUGACUCGCAAGCUUAGGACGGUAUUGAUUUUUAAGCGAAAAAAACGUGAUUUUAUUUUCAAAAUUCAAGUAAGUGUUGGACAAACCGACCGACCGAUGAACCAACAACUCCAACAGUACUACCACAAAAAAUAGAAAAAAAGAAAAAAACCGAUUGAAGCGGUUUGUGCUCCAACGUUCGCCAAAAUCAAAAGCAAGAAACCGCCAUCAACUAUCAGUUUUCGAGAAAGUCUGUGUGUGUGUGUUAAAUCAGGAACUUGUAGACCACUCCAUAUUUCCAACAACAAUAGUAAAAAAUAAUAGCAUUCCACCUCCCAGAUCGAUCGAUCCAUUGACUGACUGGUAGAAUUGCUGCAGCUCUUUCAAGAUCAAUUGCUGCUUUCAUCGUCUGACCGUCGCUUCAGCUCAUCACCGUCCAAGAGUUUUGUGCGUGUCUCAGGGUGUUAUUUUUUUUUUUGCAUUCGAUUGUUCGAUUUGCAUGGACUGCAUUUCACAACAUUGUUGUAAGCUGUUUCUCUUCGAGUAAUUUAUGAAAUAAGCCAACAUAGAAACGCAGCAACAUGGAAAAGGAAAAUGGCCAACAUCAGUUGGAGGCAUCAACAUAUGAUCCCGCCGAUAUUGUCGAAGAUGAACCACUCACAUGGAGAUUUUGGCGAAAACGCCGCUACAUUGUGGUCUUGUUGGCCUUCUUCGGUUUCUUCAAUGUCUAUUCAUUGCGUGUCAAUUUAAGUGUUGCCAUUGUGGCAAUGACAGAAAACCGCACCGUCAUCGAUGAGCUGGGCAACGAAUCAUGGGAGCAAGAUUUCCCCUGGGAUUCAAAGCAAAAAGGUCUCAUUUUGAGUUCAUUUUUCUAUGGCUACAUUAUGACGCAGUUUAUUGGUGGCUUCAUUGGGGCGAAGAUAGGUGGUAAUCUGGUCUUUGGUAUUGGCAUUGGAGCCACAGCUAUCUUGACACUCUUCACACCCAUGGCGGCCAAACAUAGCUUGGAAAUGUUAUUGGCUGUGCGUAUUAUUGAAGGUGUUUUCGAAGGCGUCACAUUCCCCUGUAUUCAUGCCGUAUGGUCGCGCUGGUCGCCACCUCUCGAACGCUCUCGUAUGGCUUCAAUAGCUUUUGCUGGAAAUUAUGCCGGUACCGUCAUUGCUAUGCCCUCGUCGGGUCUGCUCGCCUCCGCCUAUGGUUGGGAAAGUGUGUUCUAUGUCUUUGGAGCCAUUGGCUGUGUCUGGCUGGUUCUAUGGAUGGUCAUUGUACGUUCUGGCCCCGAUAAGGAUCGUUUCUGUUCUCAGAAUGAACGUGACUAUAUUAUGAAGAAAAUCGGUGUGGUGGGUCAACGUAACAUUAAACAUCCGUGGAAAGCGAUAUUUACUUCGUUGCCAUUUUAUGCCAUUGUUGCCUCACAUUUCUCCGAAAAUUGGGGUUUCUAUACGCUGCUCACACAGUUGCCGUCGUUCCUUAAGGAUUCCCUCAACUUUGAUUUGGAUAAAACUGGUUUCCUUUCAGCUGUGCCUUAUCUUGCCAUGGGCAUCCUCUUGGGCGUCUCAGGUUAUUUGGCCGAUUGGCUUCAAGUCAAGGGCAUUUGGACUACCACCCAAGUUAGACGUAACUUCAAUUGUGGCGCCUUCUUGGCCCAAACAGUUUUCAUGGUGCUCACAGCCUAUCUGUUGGACCCCACCUGGUCUGUGGUCUGCAUUACCAUAGCUGUGGGCCUGGGCGCCUUUGCCUGGUCUGGAUUUGCUGUCAAUCACUUGGAUAUUGCCCCACAGCAUGCCAGUGUCUUGAUGGGCAUUGGCAAUACAUUUGCCACCAUACCCGGAAUUGUUAGUCCCAUGUUGACAGGCUAUUUGGUGGUGAAUCAAACCAGCGAAGAAUGGAAGACGGUCUUCUUCAUUUCGGCUGGUGUUUAUUUGGUUGGCUGUGUCAUCUACUGGCUGUGGGCAUCUGGCGAGCUACAAGAAUGGGCCAAGACCGAUGAACAAAAAGCUCUGGAAAUGACACACAAAGAGGGCAAUACAAACAAUCAUGCUGCGAACAAUAAUGCCUACGUCAAUGAAGCAUUGGAUGUCAAAGAAGACAUGAAGUGAUCAUCCGUUGGAUCAACAUCUGCGGAGGAGGAGGUGGAGCAGUUCUCACAUUCCAUUCUCAGAUGAAGAUGAAGACGGAGACGCAGAGGCAGUCGUCUGCUGUGAAACCAUUAAAAUUUAAUGGACCAGCCCCAGUGUUAAAUAUUUUUUUAUUUUUAAUUUUUAUUAUUAUUAUUAUAAUUAUUUUUAUAAACUAUUCGCUUGAACUGUCCGCGUUUUUUGUUUUGUAAAUAUUUAUUCAAUCACAUUCCUUUAGAGCAACAAAAGAAAAAUAUAUUUAAGAAAAAAAUUCAAAUUUUUUAAUGAUUGUAUUUCAUGCAUGUUUGCCGCCGAGUAUUGGAUGGGCAUUGUCGAUAGAAUAAUGUACAAAUAAAUUCAAUGUUUGUUAUUAUGGCAUAUUUCGAAUUUUAUGUGUGUUAGGUCAAUACACUGUUGAUAGGAUUGUGCAAUUUGUUGCCAAAUCAAAACAGAAAACAAAAAAAAAGUAAAUAAAUAAACAAUUAGUGAUGCCAAGUAAUCCAAUCGCAAGAAA